AUUUUGGAUGUGGGCAGUUGUAGCGGUCACUGAGAUUACGGGGUUUCGUAAACGACGUGUCAAAACAAUGUUGCUCAACAAGGUGCUCAGAGCCAGUGUGAGGUCUGGGAUCCGGCUGCAAAGCUCCAAUGCAGCCAAUGCUGCAGCAUCCAGCAGCUCGUUGUCAGCCUCCGGCUACUCAUUUGAGCUAACAGAUCAGCAGAGGGAGUUUCAGCAGCUGGCGAGGAGGUUUGCACGUGAAGACAUCGUCCCUGUUGCAGGUGCUUAUGACAAGAGUGGAGAAUAUCCUAUCCCUAUCAUCAAAAAAGCAUGGGAGCUUGGUCUGAUGAACAGUCACAUCCCACAGGAAUAUGGUGGAAUGGGCCUGUCAAUCUUUGACAGCUGCCUCAUCACAGAAGAGAUGGCUUACGGGUGCACAGGAGUCCAGACUGCUAUCGAAGCAAACUCUCUGGGGCAAAUGCCUGUUAUUAUCGCUGGUAAUGUCGCUCAGAAGAAGAAAUACCUGGGCAGGAUGACUGAGGAGCCUCUUAUGUGUGCGUACUGUGUCACAGAGCCGGGGGCAGGCUCCGAUGUGGCUGGCCUCAAGACACGAGCUGUGAAGAUGGGUGAUGAGUAUGUUGUCAAUGGGCAAAAGAUGUGGAUCACCAACGGUGGGAAAGCCAACUGGUAUUUCCUCCUGGCUCGCACUAACCCAGACCCUAAAUGUCCAACCAGCAAGGCUUUUACUGGCUUCAUUGUAGAAGCUGACACUCCAGGAAUCCAAAUUGGAAGGAAGGAGAUGAACAUGGGACAGAGAUGCUCUGAUACCAGAGGCAUCACCUUCGAGGAUGUGAGGAUACCGAAGGAGAACGUGCUGAUAGGAGAAGGAGCUGGAUUCAAAAUCGCUAUGGGUGCCUUCGACAACACGAGGCCACCAGUGGCUGCAGGAGCAACGGGACUGGCACAGAGGGCACUGGACGAGGCCACCAGUUACGCACUGGAGAGGAAGACCUUUGGCAAAGUUAUAGCUGAGCACCAGGCUGUGUCCUUCCUUCUGGCUGAGAUGGCAAUGAAGGUGGAGCUGGCCAGGAUGGCGUACCAGCGAUCAGCCUGGGAGGUGGACCAGGGCCGCAAAAACACCUACUACGCCUCCAUCGCCAAGGCUUUCGCUGGAGACAUAGCCAAUCAGGUGGCUGCUGAUGCUGUUCAGAUCUUUGGAGGCAACGGGUUCAACAGCGAGUACCCAGUGGAGAAGCUGAUGAGAGAUGCCAAGAUCUACCAGAUCUAUGAGGGAACAGCUCAAAUCCAAAGACUCAUUAUUGCUCGAGAACAUCUGGGAAGAUUCAAGAAAUGAACUGUGCACCGACUUGUCCUCAUUCAAGUUUAGUUUGUUGUAUUUUUUUUCAUUUACACUCAUGUUCCUGGAAAUACAGUAGGUGCCAUCACUUAAACUCAGGAUGCAGUGCAGAAUGUCAUUUGCCUUAAAGAUAUCCCAUCCUGCCUUGCUGCCGUUUUAUCAAUUUGGACAGAAUUGGUCAACGGCAGUUAAAACAACUCAUUCAGUUCAUUUAAUGGAGCUGUCGUGAUCCUCGUCAGUCUAUCAAGUCAAGAAAUAUCAUCUGAUCAUUUCCUAUCUUCUGUCAGGUCUGUCAGCCUACCAUGUGCAAGUACAGUAUAUUGCACAGAUCAAACUCCAUUACAUACUCAGCAGCCUGAAUGUGGCAUUAAUCUCAGAGCUAUACAACAAAACCUUAUAUUUAUUUAACAUCAGCCGUAUUCAGUAAUUACUAUCUUUCAUAUAUUAACCUGCACUAUUGUUUAAGUCUGGUGGGAGGAUUUGUUCUUGUUUGAAGGCCAGUAAAUCAAGUAAAAAAUCAACUGAGCUUGACUAACUGUGGGGAGAAGACUCUCCGCCUUACACUGUGUGUGUCUGUAGCAACACUAACACUUUUAAUAUCUCUUAUUCUCCUUUCUGAUUUGCAAUAAAAGCAAAGCUGUCCCUGUUGAUCUGUGCCGCCCAUUCAAAACAUGAAAUCUUUUUUUGUUUUACACGUUUGAAAUAAAUUCAUUAAUUCUUUA